AUGUCUCCACCACGAUUCGAAGCGGCCCCGGUCGACCCCUCACCCCUUGGCACGCCGCUCAAGUACCCUGUGUCGGGGCGCUCGGCGCCCAACCGGUUCCUCAACGCCGCCAUGUCGGAGAACCUGGCGACGUUUGACGAGACAGAUCUCUCCAAGCGCGGCAUACCGACGGAAGAGCUGGUGCAGCUGUACCGGCGCUGGGGACAGGGCGAGUGGGGCCAGCUACAGACGGGUAACGUCAUGAUCGACCCGGAGCACCUCGAGUCGCCCAACAACAUGGUGGUGCCUCCCGGCGCGGAGCCGUCGGGCGAACGCUUCGAAAUGUUCUCCAAGCUCGCAGCCGCCGCAAAGGAGCACGGCAGCCUGAUCGUGGCCCAGGUCGGUCACCCGGGCAGGCAGGCGCGCGGCAGCGUCCAGCAGCACCCCAUCAGCGCCAGCGACGUGCGGCUCGAGCAGGAGAUGUUUGGGUCCAAGUUUGGCGUGCCCAGGCCGGCGACCAAGGAGGACAUCAAGAAGGUGAUUGAGGGCUUUGGCCACACGGCCGAGUACCUCGAGAAGGCGGGCUUCGACGGCGUCGAGCUUCACGCCGCGCACGGGUACCUGCUGGCGCAGUUCCUUUCCGAGACCACGAAUCACCGCACAGAUGAGUACGGCGGCAGUCUUGAGAACAGGAUGCGGUUGAUCCUCGAGGUGACGGCCGAGGUCCGCAGGCGGACGAGCAAGAACUUUAUCCUGGGCAUCAAGAUCAACAGCGUCGAGUUCCAGGAGAAGGGGUUCAAGCCCGAGGAGGCCGUGCAGCUGUGCGAAGCUCUCGAAGCGGCCGGCAUGGACUUUGUUGAGACUAGUGGCGGUACCUACGAGAGUCUUGGCUUCUCGCAUCGCAAGGAGUCUAGCCGCAAGCGGGAGAACUACUUUAUCGAGUUUGCAGAGGUCAUCCGCAAGGCCGUCAAGAACAUGGUGGUCUACACUACUGGUGGAUUCAAGACGGUGGCCGCCAUGGUCGACGCUCUGCAGGGCGUUGAUGGAAUUGGUAUCGGGCGGGCGGCGUGUCAGGAGCCUGACCUUGCCAAGGAUAUCAUCUCGGGCAAGGUGCCUAGUAUCAUUAAAUAUGCCAUGGGUGAGGACGAGUUUGUACUGCAGUUGACCGUGGCUUCGAUCCAGAUAAAGCGGUUAGGCAAGGGCGAGGAGCCGUUUGACAGUUCAAACCCCGAGGAAGUGGCGCGGUUGACUAAGUUGAUGGCGCAGGGUAAGCUAUAG